AUGUGUAGGGUAGCCGGUGGCCCUGGUGCGAUAGGAGGCCCCACGCUUGAUUACAAUCCCAGGCCUGGUGUGCAGCCGACGAGGGACUCAACUAUCUCUUCGCCCUUACGGCAGAAGGACAAGAAGGAGGAGGAGGCGGCGGCGGCGGCAGAGGAAAAAAUCUCAACUAUUGGAGCGGCAUCGGAAAAAAGAGGGAGAGAGGAGCCUGCAGUUCCCCUCCCUCCUCCCUCCGCCACCACCCCCUACUCCGCCGCCGCCGCCUCUGCAGUAGCAGCCGGAGCCGACUGA